AUGGUCCAACAAAACCCUAACUUUUCUAUGUUUAGUUUCUUCAUUGUAGGAAACCCUAAUUAAGUUUUCUUCCUUUUGAUAAUCAUCUUUCAUGUCUUCUUAAUAAAGGAAAGAAAAUGGAAUGGUCAAAGACGAGCAACGUACAAAACGAGAGAGUUGCUUUCAUGCCACCACCACGGUUGGAGUCUAAUAACUGGCUACACAGCUUCAACUAUGAUCCUUAUGCAGGAAAUUCGUAUACGCAUGCUGUUACGCAAACCGGACCGGUUAUCACUGUACCGGAAUCAGACAAGUUGAUCAAUGCGUACCAAUGUCCGAGUAGCAACAACGAGAUGAUAAAGAAGAAAAAGAGGCUAACGAGUGAACAGAUAGCUUCGCUUGAACUACGUUUUCAAGAAGAUUUCAAAUUAGAUUCAGAGAGGAAGCUGAAGCUUUCGAAUGAGCUUGGUCUGGAGCCACGUCAGGUCGCGGUUUGGUUCCAGAACCGUCGUUCACGGUGGAAGGUGAAGCAUCUAGAAGAGUCAUACGACUCGCUUAGGCAGGAGUACGAUGUCAUUUGGAGAGAGAAUCAGAUGCUACAAGAUGAGGUGAAGAAGCUGAGAGGUAUAAUACUAAGAGAUCAGGGUUUGAUGAUGAACAGCAACCAAACCGCCGGAGGAGAUCAAACUAUCGGUCUUGGUGAUCAAUACAAUAGUAUGAUGAUGGUUGCUUCUUCUGGCUGGCCACCGAUAUCGCAGCCCCCAUACCCGUGGUAGUUGUUGCUGAUUUUGGAGAGAAAGAGUCUAACAUAGAGCUCUAGACUUUGGACUUUUAGUUUUAAGUAAUGUUAAGACUAUGAUAAGCUUUUUUCUUAUUUUUUAUUUUUUUAUAAGCUUUUGCUCGUUGUACGAUUUUAAUAUAAAUGUUGGAACGUU